CAGACCGACGGUGAUCGGUAGAGGGGCCGUUCAGUUGGGGCCGAGAGAGCCACGCAGGAGGAGGGAACGUAGAAUCAAGCCAAUUCCAUCAGACCCCCACAAACACAUACACAAACAAACACAUCUCAACUUGUGGACGGUCAUUCGUAUGCGAAACUCGAUAAUUGGUGAUCGCGCUCCAGCUGUGUUACGUAUCAUGGCGCCCUUAAUUGCAAAACAGGCACACGCGGUGCCAAGAACAGACGAAGAGACUUACAAUGGUGGACACUCGCCGUGUCAUGUUGCUGGAUGUGAUGACGGUGUUUCGAACGUGCGAUAAAUACAGACUUGUACACCCCUGCAUUGGGAUUCAUAUUUCCUAAUAAAAUAACGAAGUGAGAUAAAUGUUUACACAUCGUCUGUAUCGGAACCUGCAGAAAUGUGACGUGUACUUGGUGGAAACAUUUUUUUUUAAAUCUCAAGGAAACAUGGAGGAACUUACUGUAAGAAGACUGUUCAGAACGCCUGUACACACUAAUAUUUGCAGUGAAUUAAUAUUUUGAAACUCAAAUUGCGUUUUGGUUGUUGAUUCAGUGUUGAGCUUGUGAGUGCGGUGUUACACGCCCCCUGCAGGGGGGAAAUAAGGGAAACAUGCGUCUCAGACUGGAACGUUUGCACAGGAAUAAACUUGCGGCAGUUAUAAGAUAAUAUUUUGACUUUUCAUGGAGUUUGUUGUGAAUGAAAAAGGAACAUCUAACUGGGAGAGUCUUCUCGCGGCCUGCGUGUAGUGGCAAUUGUGUCAGAAGGAGAGAGAAGAAAAUGAUUCAAAUGCCGUGAAGAAGGGAUCACUCCAACUUAAUCACCUCCAAAACAUAUCCAAGAUGCGGAUUAAAAUGCCAGCAGUUCGGAUCGCGCAAGCGGACGCUGAAGUGGUGCAUCAGGACAUCCUGACAUGCGGGGUGUGCCAGAAGCCGUUCGCCCUGGCAGACAUCGUGAAAUUCAUCCAGCACAAAGUGCUCGCCUGCAACAAGGAGAACUACUCCCUCAGUUUCUCUGGGGGCGACCAUCGCGACGCCAACAACACGGACAGUGACGAUGGUGACGGCGGUGGCGGAGGCGGAGGAAGUGGUAGUUCCUCACUUCCGGUUCCUCUGAGUGUCGUCAAUACGCGUCGGCCGAGCAUAUCAGCUCCGAUAAACAGUAAGAAGGCCGCCGCGGCAGUGGCGUCGUCUUCUGCAUCAGCGAGCGUCGCUACACCCGGGAGGAUACUGUGUACCCCUCCCCCACCUUCCCCGAGGAUGCUGGGUUCCUCAGAUAUUCUGAUGGAUGAGCCUCCCAGUAGCACGCCGAAACGUCGGGCUGGCAGUAGCAGUCCGGCCUGUAAGACGGACGACCUGAAUCAUAAUGCUCAGGAUGAAGAUCUUAAACCGAGGAUAAAGCAGGAGCAUGUGGACACAGGGUCUUCACCGGACGAGGCCAUCGUCAAGAGGAUCCGGACGGACGUCGUCGACGCCGAGUCAAACACGACGCAUUCUGAACCGAGUAACUACGUUUGUUCUACGUGCAAACAAAGACUCCAUUCGGCCUGGCGUCUCGUCCAGCACGUGCAGAACAGUCAUGGCAUCAAGAUAUACGUGGAGUCGUCGCCUUCCUCUUCUUCGACGGGUUCCUCUUCCUCGCCCUGUACAACGUCUUCACUGUCUGCCACGGGGAAGAAUGCGAUUGGCCCUGCGAAUGGUAACAACCAUUCUUCAUCAUCGUCUUCCUCGUGCUCCGGGUCGUCCACAUCCUCCGGCUGUUCCAGCUCUUCCGGUGGCAACAGCAGCAAUGCCCCUACAACUCCUGUGAGUGCAACACCUCUGUCUUUACCACCACCAGGUGUUUCUUCGAGGUUAGCCCAUCAUCAGGCUUUACACCACCCUCCACCGCCGUCUUCGUCGCUGGUCGAUCCUCAUCAUCCUCUUCACAACAGUAACCCUUUUGGUGUUGGUGGUCUCCUGAGGAUGCCCUUAGGAGACCGAUCCCAUCAUCAGUUUCCCCCCACGUCAAUGGCAGCACCACUGAGCAACCACCUCAGUCAUCAUCACGUCGCGCCAGGGGGCGGGCCCCCCAGCACCGCGGGUCUAUUCACCAGGCCAUCUAGUCACCACGACCAUCACUUCCGGAUGGAGCAACUAGUGUCAGAGCAGUUUCGUCUUAACCCUCACCAUGGACUAGGGUUAGCUGCUGCUGCAGCUUGCGCCGCCGCAGCGGCUGCAGCUGGAGGUGUCCCACCCCCUCAUCCACCAUUUGGCCCUCCAGCUUCUGACCGGGUGCCAACUUCUAUCCCAACGUCCACAGGACCACCUCGUUCCUCUGCCGUUCCGCCAGCCCCCACGCUUGGCCUCGGCUUGGAGCCACAGCUCGACUUCUAUUCACAGCGACUCCGGCAACUGGCCGGUACCACUAGUCCAGGCGCGGCGAAUGGGAACUCGUCCCCAUCUCCCAGGAAACCCAUAUUGACUCCACCGUUCACGAGUCCGCCUAGCAGUAACAGUCACCACCCAUCAAUGAGCUCUGUUGUCACUCCGAUACUACUCAACAACAACAAUAACAACAACACUAACAACAAUAACAACAGCAGUGGCUCUGGCACUUCUCAUACCAGCAAUCGGCCUGAGUCAUUGUCCUCACCGGAGAAGCAGUCUCCACUCUCGGACCCAGUCACCAGCUCUGCUGUAGCACUCACUUCUACACCCAGAUCUGCAUCUACCCCUCCAACUAAUUUAAAAAAGUCAGAUUUCUCAAGAAGUCAAACGUCAUUGUCACGGACAGCAGAGGCUGGUGAUGGCGGUGAUACAGGAGGUGGAGGAGAAAGGUUAGAGAGGAUAAGAGCAUGUGAGUUCUGCGGGAAGAAGUUUCGUUUUCAGAGCAACCUGAUAGUCCACCGUAGGACACAUACAGGAGAGAAACCAUACAAGUGUGCCGUAUGCAGUCACGCAUGUACUCAGAGUUCAAAGCUGAAGAGGCAUAUGAAGAUCCAUCGUCGUGCACUGAGGACGGGAAACGGGCAGGCCGGUGGCGAGGCGGGGACUACCAAUGGGGGAAGUACCAACUCGACACCGGAUAACAUUUCGCAUACUGGCUCAGUUGAGACUCUGGAUGACGAUGGUGAUGAUGAGGAUGAUGAUGGCGAGGAAGAAGAUGAUGAGGAAGAAGAAGAAGAGGAGGAGAUGGAACUUGAAGAAGAGGAAGGUGAUGAUGAUGACGAUGAUGAUGAUCUUGGUGGAGACGCUCCUGAAGACCUCACUACCAAGUCUACAUCAUCAACUCCACCUAACAACGUGUCUGGAGAUGCAAACAAAGCCAAAACUAGCACUCCACGCCCCACACCAACACCAACCCCUCUUGAGAAGAUUACUACUUCGGGUUCUUUGGUUGGUGAGUUAAUGGACAAAUUUGGGUUGAGUAAUAUCCAACAGUACAACGAAGCAUACAAGCAGGCUCUUCAGGAAUCUGUCGUUGGGUCACACCAGCUACACAUCAACAACAAAGAAGGCCUUCAUCAUAGAUCGCCUCUCAUAUCAGACAACAACAACGGUGGUGGGAAAACGUCUCCUGUGAUCGCGAAGAACAGUCUCGAGAAUGGGAUGCUCGACAAAUCAGCAGCAGCCAUGCGGUUUCGUGAAGAGUUCGCGAAAAACAUAAUAGCUGCGGGCCAACCCCCUUUAGAUUUAAUUGGUGCUCCUCACGGUCUGUUUGGAAGUAGUGCAGCUUUUGAAAAUCCUUUUGAUGCUGCUAAUAAGCGAUUGAAACUUGACCUGGAAAAUCAUCAUAAUCAUCAUUCAUCAUCACUAGGUCGAGGUGGAGCUCCCAGUACUGAUCGAGAUGGUCUGUAUGCAGGACUUUGGUUACCAGCAAUGGCUGCAGCUCACCACAGGGAUCACCAUCUGUUUGGUGGUGACACCCCGACCAUGGACCUCCUCAGUUCCCGUUCCUCAAAGUCAGCAGAAAGUGCUCUAUUGAAAGCUAGCAGUGGAGGAUCGAAAGCAGGACCAAGUGCUUCAUCUUUAGCAGCCGCAGCGGCUGCAGCUGCUGCACUAAACCUUGGCUUAUCUGGAGGACCAGGAUCUCAACAGCAACACUUGAAGAAGGAGAGCAGGCGCAAUGAUACAUGUGAAUACUGCGGAAAGGUGUUCAAAAACUGCAGUAACCUUACAGUGCACCGCCGAUCACACACAGGUGAGAAACCAUACAAGUGUGAACUGUGCUCUUACGCGUGCGCACAAAGUUCCAAGCUGACACGUCACAUGAAAACUCAUGGCAGACUUGGAAAAGAUGUGUAUAGAUGUCGGUUUUGCGAGAUGCCGUUCUCUGUGCCAUCUACAUUGGAGAAGCACAUGAGGAAGUGUGUUGUAAAUCAGAAUAACAAGGCUGGAGGGGGACAUAUCCUUCCAGCACUGAUCAGCGGUGGAGAGGACACUGGGGACUCCAGUGCGUCAGCCUCCAAAGACACCACAUGACUCUUUCCAUGGGGAGGGUUCCGCCAUCUUCCUCUUCAAAGUAUUUAUUAAAAACCUCCACCACACUUUCCUCAUGCCCUUCUCCAAAUAAUAUUAAAUGCCGAAGAGUAUUAUCUUCUGGGACAUAACGCCGUCUAGCCUGUUGAAAGUUGAAUUUCAACGUACUACACCGGUUGACUUGUUAACGGACUACACUGCGUUAUGGCCCAGAAAAUUGUUCUCUUCAUAAACACCCCUGUGAGAACCUCAAAUACUAAAUUACGUCAUACAGUAUUCAGAUUUGUGUACUUUAACUUCUGGUCUUCUGUUGAGAGUAUAAAUGAUCACCAGAAUCACUGAUUCUGCACAGAUAGAUACUUCUGAAAGUUUAAAGCUUCAUUUUAUUUUACUAACUUAAACCAGAUAGGAUUGAUCACAUUCAGUAACUUUGGAAAUAAAUUCAAUCUGGUUACUUUACACUUCCUAGAAGUUGCUAUAAAUAAAAGUAUAAUAUAUGAUAUAUUUGAAAUUUAAGGAGGUCACAAAUACGUUUACUGUAUAACGAACAAUCUCUACUCCAUCCAUUGUUCUUGUCUCCCAUUACUACAUCUAUAACUCCUGGCGGAACAUCUCCCCUUCGGUUGAGUCAAAAAUAAGUUUAUUGUAAAGUAAAAACAAUUUAGAACAGGAAAAUGACAGGUGAACAAUACCUUACUGAUUCAUAUUUGGACUAAAGUCAAUAAUUAUAGAAACCAUCUUACCAUGAACUAAUGAUUAUACCAUCCAGACAACCAAUUUGGAAAACAGAAACGUAAGGAUCGUCAGAAGAUCUAUGUUAUACUCAGUAACACAGUGAUUUCAAUUAUGUUUCAAGUCAGAAAUUGUGUUGGAAGAAUCCAUUGAUACCACACACACACAAAAUACACAUGGACACUCAUAUGUACAUAAAGUUUCCAGCCCCUAAAAUUGUUGUUGUAUUUUUUCUGGUAUAGUUGGAUAAAGGUUUAAAAGUGUUGUUAUACUCAUUAAAACAAAAAUAAUAUUGAUGGGUAGAAACGUUUUUACCCCAAAUAUCUCUCCCUCUGUUGAAGUACCUACAUAAACAUGAGAGAAAUCUUUACUGUCUUGAAAGUACCAUGUCUUUGUAAAUGUUAAAAUAUGGUAGAUAUCACAACACAUCUGCAGCUAUGUACCUCAGACUUGUAUGGAAGUUUCUUCUUAAUGUAAGAUUAUAAGUUCACUGGAGUCAUUAUUUAUACAUCUGGUAUUGGUUAGGACUUCAAUCCAAGAUGUGGACACCCAUUCCAGUGAGUAUUAAGUGUUAAAGAAAUUGGUUUGUGGUUGUAAGACUGUUCACAUUUAUUUCUAUUUAUUCUUGAAUUUGAUAAUUGAUGUAACUGAUACCAAAGCAAUGUAAAAUUACAUGUAUUAUCAUUAAAAUUUCAUUACUACACAAUGAUGUUACAAUGAAAACUUUAAUUGUUAGAAAUUUUCUGACCAAAUAUUUUCGUUCAUUCUAUUGUAAUUAAAAGAUAUUCAUAAUGUUGGCCAUAUUUUGCACAAAUGUUUUUUUUUUUUUCAUGGUUUGGAAUGUAUUUCUUGUCCCUUUUCCAUCUAAUAAACUUUGAUAACACUGGUAUUUUCCACAAAGUGGGAGGGUAAACUGGGAAAGUUAAAAUCAUUUUCAACUGUUUUUCUUAGCAAGUGUCAGUAUAUGGGAAAGGUGACAAAUUUGAUUGUGGUCUAAUUUAUUUAUUAAUACUUAAAGCAUAUCAGACUGAUGUUUAGUAAUCAAUUUUUAUUUUUCUCGAUAAUGAAUAAAUAUCUACUGAUAUUUUUUGUAGUGCCCUAAUAUGUCCGACUAUAAGAUAUUGCCAGAGAAUUUAUUCUGUUUCUUUAUUUUCCUUCUAUAUUUUUGCUUGAACAUACGAAAUAUUCUUUGUGAUGGAUUGAGAGCAAGCUGUUCUCAAAUUUGUUUCAAAAGACUGAAGAUUUUCUUUAAUUUAUCAAAUAUAUAUAGCAGUGUAAUACUAGACUCCAGUAAUUAAUCAUAAUGCUGAAUGGCGUGCUUCUAGAGGUAAGAAAAUUAACAUACUAACACUAUUUUAUAUUUGCAUUGCACUGAUUUGCCAAAAAGGAUUAACAAAGGAUGUGAAUACUUUUUUCUUUCUGCAUUUGAAUAUUACUUCAAACAAAUGACUAGUGCUCCUACAUUUACACAUACCUUGUUAUAAAUCUGAAGUAAUCAAUUCUUUGACUAGACAUACUAAAAACAAUAAUUCCAGUACUUCAACAAUAUAAUCUUUAAUUAAUUUUUUACUUAUUGUUAAAACUUUGAAACAGAGUUGAUCUCUAACAUUAUACACACUCGUAAUUACGUAGUUUAUUCUUACAAAUUAUUUUACACAUUAAACAUAAUUUUAUUCUGUUACUGGUUUGAUGACGAAUUGAAAAAACAACAUUUUACCCUGUCAGAAAAUAGGACCGGGGACAAAAUCUCUGGCACCCCAAGGUGUAAACAGUAACAAAUUCAAUAAAGUAUUAAUUUAUUCAUUCUAACGAACCCUAAAGCAAUUGUACAGUGUUAUGUCAUCUAACAAAGUACUUUCAUAUUGUAUUCAUCUUUGGUAUAGGACAUCUUGAGGUAAAUGCAUUACACUUUCAUUGCUGUGUUGUACAAAUGUACGUAGUAUUUAAUUCAAGAUACAUAUGCAGUAGACCCUCGUUUGAAUUCAGGUGCUAGGUUACAGCUUCUGUUACCUGCUUUCUAAUCGAAAUUGACAUUUAUCAAAGUUUGGAAAUACUCUUAUUAAAUAUAUAGUAUUUAAUAUAUAAUAUCAUUGUUUUAGGGAUUUGCCCCCUCCAGCAGGUCGGCAAGAUUUCCAGUCAUCCGCGGUUCAACAGGUAUAAGGGGUACUCAUUAAAUUUUUGCUCUUUGAAGAAAAAUCCCAAUGUUACAGACAUCAGAAACGUACAGCCUAUUCACAGGGGUCUCUGGACUUUGCCCUCCGUACCCACAACAAGACAUAAAUGAUUGUUGCAAUACAGACAUGAAUUGUAAAUAACAUUUUCAUAGAAAUUUGUACAACUUAAAAUUUAUGUAAUCAUAUGGUAGCGAGAACAUGACCAAAGCUCAGAUACGACGAGGUCCUACUGUAUAAGUUUUGAGGUUUAUGUGAUAUGAUUGUCCCAAUUGUGGCCUUUUGGGCUUAGACAUACGUGGUAUUGUAGGUGGAUACCGACAUUUGUAGGAUCAUGCUGCUCCUAGCAUCGGGGUCGAAGUGAGUACUAGUUCAGGAAUAAGAUGGUCAGUCAUGUUGACCCUGACAGAGGUUGCAUCUUAUUAACCACCUGCAAGACUACAUAGUGCUAAAAGACUUUUAGAUAGUCUGAGGGAGCUGAAGAUUUAUCAUGCCUCUAAACAAACUCACUCAUUAUGCAGUGUCCAACCCAGAAGACCACAAUCAUAAAAUAUGCAUUUUCAUCCAGAUAUAUUUCAAGGGCAUGGGCCUUUUAAGGGCAUGGCAGAAAAUAUAGACACAUAGGUUUCAGUAAAUAAUAUGAAUCAUAUUUUGAUAUAUUUUAUGGGAAAUCUGUACCCUUGAAAACUCCAUAAACUUUAACAUGAAAGAUCAACUCUGUUUUGACAUAUUAGCAGAAUAAUUAAUACUGACAUUCCCAAAUAUCAGCAUUUCAGGUUUGUUGUAUUCUUUUAAUACAGUUACCUGUAAAAACCAAGACUGGAUGUGCCAAGUUGCAAAACCAUUAAUAUAAAACAAUAUGGCCAGAAAUAUUAUUAUUUCAUAUGCUUAAUUUGUUAUAUUCCACUCACUAUUCUGUUAUAUGUAUUUAAUAGAGGUUAUGAGUAACCAAGUGUGUUUUGCAGUGAUUUUGAUAUAGCAUUUUUGUGGGGGGAGGGUGUGUUGAAUAAUUGUAGUAAUAUUGAAAAGCGAAGAACAGGGUGGUCCUAGCAUUAUCAUCCUGGUGUGAGAUUCUUACGUGGUGUUGCAAGGAUGAAGUCAUUGUGAGCUGCGUACUUUGAAGACACAGUCAGUCACAGUAAACAAGUGUGUGUAUGUAUGUGUACAUAGAAAUUAAAAAAAGUAAAAUAAAUAAAAAGAUACGUUAUUUUAAAUGGUAUUUAAAUAACAAAUCAAAUAUUGUAGGUGAUAACACAUACAGACAAUUAAAGUAGUAGUAAUGAUACAAAGAAUGGCGACGUAUCUUCAUCACUUCGUGUUCAAUGUGCAUGAUUGUCAUUUGUCUCUCAUUCAAGCGCAUAAUGGGAUUUAUUUGUUUUGCCUCCCUCGCUUUCUGUAUGGCAGUAGACAUUUGUAUUACAAUAUUAAAAUGUGUGGCUUGUUGUUCUCUAAAACUGUAUUUAUUAAAUAUUAUUUGCUUGUUACCUUCAAAGAAUGUAAUUACUGAUAUGUGUCUGCAAUUUUUUGUUCUGUUUAGGGCCUUGACUCUUGAAAGAUAAAAUAUUAGUAUUAUUAUAAUUAUUAUUAAUAAAAUAAAAUAUUAUGAAACAAAGAUUAUGAGAAAAUAAAUAUCAGCUAUCCACAGUUAUUUGCAAUAUACUUCACAUGCAGCCGGUUUACAGAGUCAAGGUUCCAGCAUCAAGGGUUAUGUUAAGUGCCUAUCUUUUUUUUUUUCAUUUGAUUCCUUUGAAAAUUAAAAUAAAGGAAAGCAAUUUACCAAAAAGUAAAAGAAUGAAGCUCGUAAAUUUCUGCACGAGAAUUGUAUUAUUCAAGCACUUGCUGCAUUGUAUGAUAAACAAAUUAAUGUACAAAAAACUUGAUGAUAAUUCUUGUUUGUAUAGAUCUUCUCUCCCCUUCUCAAACUUUUCCAGCUAUUUUCUCUCUUGCUUUGUGUUCUCAAUAUGCAUUAUUAGUGGCUUGUAAACUGUAAAAUAAUUGAAAACUAUUUACUUUUUACCCACACACUAUAUUACAGGGUAAAUUGCUAUAUAAAUAGUAUUUGUCUAAGAAAGUUCAUUUUGUUAACAUACAAGUAUGGUUCUUGUGACAAACAAAGAGUUUUCAGGGUACAUUUGUGAAGAAAUGUAAUAUAAACUGCAUACAGUAAUAAUAAAAUACAUAUUAUGUUGUGUGUCAAAAAUAACAGACAUUGAUAUACAUCAACUUAGAAAUACAAGAAGUUCCAAAUAUUAAAAUGAAGUGUCCUAUCCUUCUUUUUGAAUGGACGUAUCUUGUGUUCCAUGUAUUAUAUAGAUGGAAUAUUACUUUACACUACAUUAUAAGAGGAUAAGUUACCUUCCAAAUCCCCAACAUCUUCUCAUAAAAGCAUAUAUGCUUAUCCUUGUAGAUGAAGCUGAUGCUCUACUGUUUACAAUAAAAAUAAAUUUCAUUUGUUUCCUUCUGAAACACUAUAUAAACAGGAUGUUUUUGUUUAAAUUAAUACUGAGUUUAAUUCCACACGCGCAGGAGUAUAAUAUUUAAUUAAAAUCAUCCUGUAUACAAUAAUAUAUGCAAUAUUAUGGUGGACCACAUUUAGGUUUAUUUCGAAAGAAUGAACACUGUUCUUCACAUGAUCGUAGUUAAUAUUCUAGGACAUUCAUUUUUUUUUUUUUGUGAAUCAAAAUUCAAACAGAGAUUAAGAAAGAACUGUAAAAUACAAACUUAGGAGAAGGAAUUUAUCCCAACGUUUGAAAUGAAAAAUUUUAUACCCUAACAUUAUUAUAAUUCGUAUGAUUAAACUAUUUAGUAUUUGUAAAGAAUGUACACGCCACCAAUUUAUGAAAUAUACUGUUAAUAUCCUAUUAGUGUAACAGUGUGCAUGAAGACAGAUAGCAAACAAAUUUCCUAACGCAACAAUUUGUUCUCGUUUUUUUCUCCUGUGACUUUUAUUACUUACAAUAAUUAUUAUUUAUUUGUACAUGUAAUGUACCAAAAUGUGGAACAUAGAGCUGAGUAUGUGUAUUUAUGAUGAUUGUCAUUUGUUUUUAUUAAAGGCUUCUUUAUAGAGA